CUCUUCCUGACAGAUUGCUUCGUGCUACCGUCCACAGUCAAUCCCUUGACGUCCUGUCCAUGGACUCUCCGGUCCUGAAUCAGCUGCUGAGGCAGUUGUUCCGACACCCCGCCUGUCAAUCCUUCAAAUCCUCGCCCGCCCUCUCCGCGCGCCGACCGGGUUGCGUGCGCCUGUCCCCUUCAUCUUAUUCACACCACCGUCAACAGUGUCGACAUUUCUUCUUCAAGAAGCUACAGGCUGCAACCGUUAGCGUUAAGAAACCUUCCAAUGAUGGCACGAUCUGGAACGAUCGUCGCUUUAUCAACAGAGACAUAUCGGAGGAACUUGAACGAUUUCCGAUGGUCACGGCCAAAGAACUCCGCCAUCACCGCGAGCGGCCGCGGCAGGUGAAGAUGUGGGGACGGGAAUUUAUCGAUGACAGUCUGUACAAUUACCACUAUGGCUAUUUCUCCCACCAUGCUACCAUUUUCAGCCCGGGAGAGCCCUUUGUCUUCAACGAAAUCGCCGACGGGCCCACGUUUCAUAAGAUGCUGCAGGAGCGAUAUACCGAGUUGGAGGACCGCCUAGACGAAAUUGAGCCCGACGUCGCCCGUCAGCUUUGGCAUACCCCGACCGAACUCUUUCAGCCUUACUACGGGGAGACGAUUGCGCGGUACUUGGUGUCAAACUACAAGCUGACGUCGUACCCCUACCACGACCUGAUCAUCUACGAGAUGGGCGCCGGCAAUGGAACGAUGAUGAGGAAUGUGUUGGACUACAUCCGCGACGCGGACUACGAGGUCUACCAACGAACCAAGUAUAAGAUCAUCGAGAUCUCGCCGGCUCUGGCGACUUUGCAGAUGAAGAAUCUGGUCGAAUCGGCUGAGUCGGCUGGGCACCAGGACCGCCUCGAGAUCAUCAACCGGUCGAUUUUCGAUUGGAACACCUAUGUGCAUUCGCCGUGCUACUUCCUUGCCCUCGAGGUCUUUGACAACUUUUCCCACGACAUCAUCCGCUACAACCUCAAGACGGAGCAGCCCCAGCAAGGAGGUGUCUUGAUCGAUGCCGACGGCGAGUUCCACGAAUGGUACCGGUCAAACCUGGAUCCGGUCGCCGCUCGCUUCCUGCGUGUGCGACAGGCUGCUGCCCGGCGCCCGUUUCCUUCGCCGCUGGGCUCGAAGUACAGGCGGGCGCUACGCCCGUAUCUGCUUGCCGACAACCAAUACUCACUGCCGGAGUAUAUCCCGACGCGGCUCAUGCAGUUCUUCGAUAUCCUCAACAACUAUUUCCCGGGUCACCGUUUAGUGGCCAGUGACUUUAGCACCCUCCCCGACACGGUUCGCGGGCUGAAUGCGCCUGUGGUGCAGACCCGGUACGAGCGGCGUACCAUCCCUGUGACGACCCCCUAUGUCCAACAAGGAUACUUCGAUAUCUUCUUCCCGACAGACUUUAAUGUGAUUGAGGACAUGUACCGGGCGAUCACCGGCAAGUUGACGCAGGUGGUGAGCCACGAGGACUUCAUGCAGCGCUGGGCGUAUAUUGGAGACACGGAGACGAAGAACGGCGAGAAUCCGAUGCUGACGUGGUACAAGAACGCCAGCAUGAUGAUGACCGUGUGAGUGGUUCUUGGGUAAAGAAAGGAUUGUAAGAUAGAGGCGAUACCAAGCAUGAAACUACUAUCUUAUCUGGGGGAAUUAUCCGGAUCUUCGGCAUUGUACGGAGGGAGAUAGGUCGAAUGCGUUCAUGAUUGGCAGUGUAUUUGAGGGGGAUAUUCUGACAAAUGUACAGGAAUGGAGAUAAUGAAUCCCUAGCAGCCAUUGACUAUUCGAGUAGUAGAAGGUUAUCUCUUCU